GCCCUGUUAACCACAUUCCUAUUUCCGCUAUGUACAAACAUGUUGAGAAAACUAGUUUGUUUUCUGUUUCAGAACUUGCACACGAUUGCGAAAGAAAAAAUCAGUAACUUUAUACGAGGACAUUUUCAUGGUCACUAUGACUUCGAUUUGGAAAGAACAUUGUAUAUGUUUACAGCAGGUCGCUAUGAGUUCAUGAAUAAAGGAGGCGAUAUGUUCAUCGAGUCACUGGCCCGCCUAAAUCAUUACCUAAAGACAACCACGGAUCCGCGAUACAGAGAUGUUACCGUAGUUGCUUUCAUCAUUUAUCCGGCAGCGGCGAGCUCAUUUAACGUGGAGUCGCUGAAAGGUCAAGCAGUUGCAAAGCAGUUGCGCGAUGCUGUUGACAAAAUUAAGGAAAAUAUUGGCUCGAGAAUGUUUGACUCUUGUUUGAAAGGUCGCAUACCGAGCAUGGAUGAACUAUUGCUACCAACCGAACGCAUUCAGUUGAAACGAUGUAUCAUGGCAACGGCGAAGCAUGAAUUACCGCCGAUAUGUACGCACAAUAUGCUGGAUGCCGCUGACCCAGUACUUUGCGCACUACGCAGAACGCAGCUUAUUAAUAACCGCAGCGAUCGUGUUAAAGUUGUCUUCCAUCCCGGUAUGCUUUCGCUGUUUGUUUUGCUCUUGCUUUUCCGUUUUUUAAUGUAA